CAGUAGUGAUAAACGGUCGAGUUUCAUUCACUGUCCCCACAUUCAUUCAUGAUUCAACCUACUUCGUUUACACUCUAUGCUGAAUAUCAACCAGUAAAUCUUUGUUUAUGUAUCUCUACCCGUAAUUCAUUCUUGCUCUAUAUAAACCCUUCUCAAUACAUCAAGUUUGUUACGAACUGAAGAGGAGAAACCAAAGCUCAGUUUCAACAAUGGCAGUAAGGAUUCAGCCUCUGCUUGCUCUACUGCUGUCCACUCUCCUAUUCUCCCACAUUUCAGCUACCACAAUCACACUGUUCAACAAGUGCGCGCAUCCAGUUUGGCCAGGAAUACAACCAGGCGCGGGUAAGCCCCUCUUGGCGCGUGGAGGAUUCAAACUCCUCCCAAACAAAGCCUACUCCCUCAACGUCCCUCCUCUCUGGUCCGGCCGUUUCUGGGGCCGUCACGGCUGCUCCUUCAACGCCAACGGCCAGGGCCGUUGCGCCACCGGAGACUGCGGCGGAUCUCUCUUCUGCGACGGAAUCGGCGGAGCCCCUCCCGCCACACUGGCGGAGAUCACUCUCGGAAACGAUCAGGACUUCUAUGACGUCUCCCUCGUCGACGGCUACAACCUGGCCAUGUCGAUCAAGCCGUUCAAGGGAUCUGGCAAAUGCAGUUACGCAGGUUGCGUGAGUGACCUGAAUCUGAUGUGCCCGAUCGGAUUACAAGUUAGGUCAAGAGACAAUCGGAGGGUUGUGGCCUGUAAGAGUGCUUGCUUCGCCUUCAAUUCGCCGAGGUAUUGCUGUACGGGAAGCUUCGGGAACCCUCAGACUUGCAAACCGACUGCUUAUUCGAAGAUCUUCAAGACUGCUUGUCCCAAAGCCUACUCUUAUGCUUAUGAUGAUCCAACCAGUAUCGCUACUUGCACCAGAGGGAAUUACUUGAUCACUUUCUGUCCUCACUAUCGCUAAUUUAGUCUAAUUAGUUACUUAUAUAAUAUUUAUAUUGUAAUCUUAAUUAGGUUUAGGUACUACUAGUAGUAGUAUUAUUUUUGUUGUACUGUUAAGUGUGCCACACUGGAUAGGACUGUCACUGACUUGAGAAAUGACAUUUUUAGACCUAUUUCUUAUGUUACUCC